CGACAUGGAACUACUUCAAUGAGUAUUUUGUCUUCGCAUGGAGGAAAUACUUGGCAGUUGGGAGCAGAUGGAAUAUAGUGAGUGAUGCUGACGAUGCUGCAAUAUCUGAUCAACGUUCCAUUUUCAGUUCCACCUUCUUCUUCUUCUUCGUCCUUCUUUAUCACCUGUUCUGAGUAAAUGGAUGGCUCCGAAGUUGGUGAAGUGAAGGAAGUUGCAGUCAAUCUAGAUGCCUUCACCGAGGGAGAAUACGCUUCUCAAUCCAAAAUAUACAAAGAAUUCGCAACCUUGUCUACCAUUGACAAAGCAUGGACCUUCAAGUCUUCCAAUGGUUUGGGGACUCAAAUUAUGUUUUCACUUAGCCAACCAAAUCUUUUAUCAAACAAGAAGAGGAAACUUAUGUGCCUCUGUAAUGGUUCCCUCUCCAUCAGGGAAAAAGCUUCUUGUGAUACGAAACCCUGAAAAUGAUUCACCCUCUCAGUUUGAAAUUUGGGGCCCACUGCAAUUAGAGAAGGAGAUUCGUGUUCCUCAAUCUGUUCAUGGUUCUGUGUAUGUGGAUGGAUGGUUUGAGGGAAUUUCAUGGAGCCCAGAUGAAAGUCUCAUUGCUUAUGUGGCAGAGGAAUCGGGUUUCCACAAACCAACAUUUAACAAUACGGGUUACAAAACGGAUGCGGGUCCCACUCAUAAAGAUUAUAAUAGCUGGAAAGGUCAAGGGGAUUGGGAAGAAGACUGGGGUGAAGCCUAUUCUGGAAAAAAACAUCCUGCUUUGUUUGUGAUUAAUAUUAACAGUGGAGAGGUUUGUGCUGUAGACAUUGGGAGUUCAUUAAGUGUAGGACAAGUUGUGUGGGGCCCACCAACAAAAGGGUCCCAUCAGUAUCUGGUUUUUGUCGGGUGGCCUUUAAGCAGUAGAAAAUUUGGAAUGAAGUAUUGCACUAAUAGACCUUGUGCCUUAUAUGCUAUAAAGGCUCCAUUAUUUGGAUUAAAAAUCAAAGAGAAUGCUACAAAUAAUGUAUCAUUGGUUAAUUUGAGUCAAGCCACAAGUAGUGCUUUUCUUCCAAGAUUCACUCCAGAUGGAAAGUUUCUUGUGUUUUUAUCUGCUAAAAGUGCUGUAGAUUCUGGAGCACAUAAUGCUACAAACUCUCUUCAUAAAAUUGAAUGGAAUAGUGAAGGAGAACCACAUCCUGCUAAGAUCAUUGAUGUGGUUCCUGUUGUGAUGUGUCAUGAGGAUGAUUGUUUUCCUGGGAUCUACUGUUUUGAUAUGAUUAGUAAACCAUGGCUUUCAGAUGGAUUUACAAUGAUAUUUUCUUCCAUUUGGGGAAGCACUGAAGUCAUACUUUCUGUAAAUAUGCUAAGUGGGAAAGUUUCAAGAAUCACUCCUAGUGAUUCAAAUCAUUCAUGGAGUUUACUUACACUUGAUGGAAACAACAUCCUUGCUUUAUGUAGCAGCCCUAUAGAUGUACCUCAGAUCAAAUAUGGUAGUCUAACUAAAGACGAAUCAAAAGAUGCCACCUGGCAUUGGAGGGAUGUUUCAAGCCCAAUAUCUGAAUGUCAAGAGAAAGUCAAAUCUUUACUUUCAUCCCUUCAAUUUGACAUAUUGAAGAUACCCAUCAAGAAUGUCUCCAACAAUCUAACUAAAGGAGCAUGCAAACCUUUUGAUGCUAUAUUUGUGUCCUCAAAAUUAAAGCAUGAUCAUACGUGUGAUCCAUUAACUGUAAUCCUUCAUGGGGGCCCACAAGAUGUUUCAUUAACAAGUUUCUCAAAGUCAUCUGCUUUUCUUGCUUCAAUUGGCUUUAGCUUGUUAAUUGUGAAUUACAGAGGUUCACUUGGAUUUGGUGAGGAAGCAUUGCAAUCACUUCCAGGAAAAGUCGGAUCACAGGAUGUAAACGAUGUCCUUGUAGCUAUAGAUCAUGUGAUUGAUAUGAGGCUUGCAAAUCCAUUGAAAAUAAGUGUGGUUGGUUUGUCACAUGGUGGUUUCUUAGCUUCACACUUGAUUGGACAGGCACCCGAUAAAUUUGUUGCAGCUUGUGUGAGGAACCCUGUGUGUAAUCUUGCUUUAAUGGUGGAAACAUCAGAUAUUCCAGAUUGGUGUUUUGUGGAAGCAUUUGGAAAUGAGGGGCUUUCUUUAUAUACUGAAUCCCCUUCAUCUGAACUCCUUUCAUUUUUUCAUCAAAAGUCUCCUAUUUCCCAUGUGUCAAAGGUGAAAACUCCUACACUAUUCCUCUUAAGUGCUAAAGAUAUCCGUGUUCCAGUUACAAAUGGAUUGCAAUUUGCAAGGGCAUUAAAGGAAAAAGGAGUUCCAUUGAAAGUGAUUGUUUUUCCUCAAGAUAUACAUCCUAUUAAUAGACCACAAUCUGAUUUUGAAAGCUUUGUUAACAUUGGAGUUUGGUUCAAGAAGUAUUGCAGGGACUAAAAGUGAAAAAAUCACCAAACACCGAGAAUGUGUAGCUGAGCUAAGUUGCAACCCUUAUUUGCAAAGUAAGAAAUAAGGAAGGGUAGAAGAGCAAAUAAAUGAGAUUUUGGGCACCAAAAAUACAAAGAAGAAAGGGUAGCAGAGCAAUUUCUAAAAAAAAUAUCAUAGUAAUAAAUGUUGUAAAACUUAAGUUGAACAUUUAUCUUAUAUUUAAUAAACCUUUGUUGUGAGUUUAAGUUUGUAAUAACUACAAU